AGAGUGAAAAGGUGGAAGGGCGAAAAAUAUGAGACAGCAUCCAGGCCACACGUAAAUUAAGUCUUGCCCACGGCCGGGAGAGAUGGGCGUUGCGUGGCGCUGGUUAAUAAAACGGUGGAUUUUUUCGGCGGAUCUUCGGCAUUUCUCGGUGGUCACUUCGCCUCCGCCGGGGAAUUCGUAGCGUCUGUGAAGAAACAGAAGAUCAAGCAGGCACAGUGAAGUGAGAGAGAGAGAGAGAGAGAGAGAGCUGGAUGAUGAUGCAGCAACAGCAACAGCAGCAGCAGCAGCAGCAAAGCGAGAGUAUGAACGUGACCUCGAGCAACGGCAGCAACGGGAGCAUGACAACGAGCCAGGCGUGCGCCGCUUGCAAGUUCCAGCGGCGAAAGUGUCCGGUGGACUGCCCGCUCGCGCCGUACUUCCCCGCCGAGGCCAACCAGAGAUUCCUGAGCUGCAAGAGACUGUUCGGCGUGAGCAACAUGCUGCGCUUCCUGCGGGACGCGGACCCGGCGGACAAGGAGGAGACGAUGAAGUCACUUAUCUACGAGGCGGAGGUGCGGGACAAGGACCCGGUUCACGGCUGCUACGGGAUCAUCUCGCAGCUGACGGAGCGGGUCAGGGGGCUGCAGCGGGAGCUGGAGCUCACCCGGAGCUUGGUUCACCAGCACCACCAUCUGAACCAUCACCACCACCAGCAGCAGCCGUCGGCUUCGCUUCUCCAACCUGAGUUCGCACAGCCACUGCUCUCGUCAGUGUCAUCAAGCUGCAACAACACUCACCCUCUAGCAUUGCCGCUCUCGAGCACGGUGGCUGCUUACAGCAGGAGUAGCGGUGCUUCGUCCCUGGCCCUGGAUGAUCCUUUUGACUUCGAAAGCAUAGACCACAAGUACAUACUAAGGCCAUAGAAGCGGAGGAGCCGAGGGAAUGGAGAAAAUGGAGAAAAAGGAAGAGGUUUCUUUUUUGUACAUGUUGACAAAACUCACUUUCAAGCAGGCAGUUGCGCAACAACAACACACACACACACACCUUCACUGGAUUUUGGUACUGGAUUUGAUUUCCCUUGACACACAGCCACGCUCAAUUAAUUAUCUGUAACAUUUUUUGGAUUUAGUUCAGCGCUCUCGAAUAAACUGAUCAGCAUA